GGAGAGUGAGAGAGAGCGAGAGAGCGCGCGGAGUCCGAGUCUCGCGCUAGAGCUAUACGGUGAAGUGCGUACUAGCGCGCGCGUGUGCCUACGUGUGUAUGUGUGUGUGCGGAUGGGAGCGAGCGCGAGACCGCCGCCUUCUGCACUCGCGCGCGCGGCUUAGGCUCGCUUCUUCUACUGCUGCUGCUGCUGUUUGGGAUAUUUAGUGCCGCGUCUUCUUCAUCUUCAUCUUCCUCCUCCUGCGACCGUGCCGUUCUCGGCUCUCGCGCGGGAUUGUGACAGCGCGCCGUUUCUUGCUUUUUACCGGAGGGGAGGACUUAUCCGCGAGCGCCGAGGGAGCGAGAGCCGCAGCACAGGUCCAUGAUGUGUCCGGACCCGAGAGAAGCCUGAACACCGAUUAGCUGCAAGUACUUGACUGAGACCUUCUUCCCCGUGGUAUCAUCAGGACAAUGGCUUCCCACGACAGAAAACUGAACUGUCUUAUUGUUUCUUGCUGCUUCUCCGUCCUGCUGCUCCCCCUGUCGGCUUCCAGGCCGCAGCAGCCUUCUGCUGCAUCCAAAGUGGACGAGGACUACAGAACAUUUCGUGCUGAGAAUGGAGAAUGGACCUUUAACCACCUGGCGGUGGACCACCGAAAUGGGAAUGUGUACCUUGGUGCGGUGAACCGCAUCUACAAACUAUCGGCAAGUCUGGAGGUGCAGGUGUCGCACCAGACCGGGCCGGACGAGGACAACCGCAACUGUUACCCGCCACGCAUCGUGCAGCCCUGCAGUGAGCCGCUCACGCUCACCAACAACGUCAACAAGAUGCUGCUGAUGGACUACCGGGAGAACCGACUCUUGGCCUGCGGAAGCCUCUACCAGGGCAUCUGCAAGCUGCUGCGCCUGGAUGACCUCUUCAAGCUUGGAGAACCUUUCCACAAGAAAGAGCACUACCUCUCGGGCGUCAACGAGAGUGGCUCCGUCUUUGGCGUCAUCGUGUCCUAUGGUGACGCCUCGCCCGACAAGCUGUUUGUGGCCACGGCGGUGGACGGGAGGCCUGAGUACUUCCCAACAAUCUCCAGCCGCAAGUUGGCCCGCAACUCGGAGGAGGAUGGCAUGUUCGCUUACGUUUUUCACGACGAGUUUGUGGCCUCUAUGAUCAAGAUUCCAUCGGACACCUUCACCGUGGUGCCGGACUUCGACAUCUACUACAUCUACGGCUUUGGAAGCGGCAACUUCGUCUACUUCCUCACACUGCAGCCAGAAAUGGGUGGCGGCCCGGCGGCGGGCUCGUCCUCGGCUGGCCGAGAGCAGGUGUACACCUCCAAGCUGGUGCGCCUCUGCAAGGACGACACAGCCUUCAACUCUUACGUGGAGGUCCCACUGGGCUGUGUGAAGGGCGGUGUGGAGUAUCGCCUCUUGCAGGCCGCCUACCUGUCCAAAGCAGGCGCCAUCCUGGCCCAGUCACUGAAGGUCGGGCCAGACGAUGAUGUCCUCUACGCUGUGUUCUCUAAAGGCCAGAAGCGGCGGCCUAAGGAAACGUCCCAGGAAUCGGCCUUGUGCGUGUUCUCCUUGAAGGAGAUCAACGAGAGAAUUAAAGACAGGCUGCAGUCCUGUUACAAAGGCGAAGGCACGCUGGAUUUGGCCUGGCUCAAAGUGAAGGAUAUUCCCUGUAGCAGUGCGCUCCUGACCAUCGACGACAACUUCUGCGGAUUGGAUAUGAACGCCCCUCUGGGGGUUUCCGAGAUGGUGCGCGGAAUUCCACUGUUCUCCGAGUCCAAUGACAAAAUGACCUCCGUCAUUGCCUACGUCUACAAGAACCACUCUCUGGCCUUCGUGGGUACCAAGAGCGGACGGCUGAAGAAGAUUCGUGUGGACGGGACGGCCCAUGGCGCUUUGCAGUACGAGACGGUGCAGGUGGUGGAGAACGGGCCGAUCCUGCGGGACAUGGCCUUCUCGGCCGAUCAGCACUUCCUGUACGUGAUGUCGGAGACCCAGCUCACGCGUGUUCCAGUAGAGGCCUGUGAGCAGUACUCGUCAUGCAAUGAGUGUCUGGGCUCCGGGGACCCGCACUGCGGAUGGUGUGUGCUGCACAGCAUGUGCACCAGGAAGGAGAAGUGCGAGAGGUCGUCCGAGCCGCGCCGCUUCGCCUCCAACAUCAAGCAGUGUGUGAGACUGAGCGUCCACCCCAGCAACAUCUCCGUGUCCCAGUACAGCGUCACGCUCGUUCUGGAAGCCCACAAUGUUCCCGAACUGUCUGCCGGCGUGAACUGCACUUUUGAGGACCUGGCUGAGAUGGAUGGGCUGGUGGAGGGAAAUCGCAUCACCUGCAGCUCCCCGGCUGAGAAGGAGGUGCCGCGCAUCGUCGUAGACCAAGGUGACCACCAGAUUGUGCAGCUCUACCUCAAGUCCAAGGAGACGGGCCUGGCGUUUGCCAACACAAGCUUUGUCUUCUACAACUGUAGUGUCCAUAAAUCGUGUCUUUCCUGUGUUGGAAGUCCAUACCAAUGCCACUGGUGCAAGUACCGCCAUACCUGCACCCACGACCCUCGCAGCUGCUCCUUCCAAGAAGGCCGGGUCAAGCAACCUGAGGAGUGUCCUCAGCUGCUGCCCGCUGACCGUAUCCUGGUCCCUGUCAAUGUGGUGAAGCCCAUCACGCUGAGGGCCAAGAACCUACCCCAGCCACAGUCAGGCCAGCGCGGUUAUGAGUGCGUGCUGACCAUCCAGGGCGUGGAGCAGAGAGUCCCUGCCCUCCGCUUCAACAGCUCCAGCGUGCAGUGCCAGAACACAUCGUACUCGUAUGAUGGGAUGGAAAUGAGCAGUCUCCCUGUGGAUCUGACGGUCAUCUGGAACGGAGACUUCAGCAUUGACAAUCCGACCCAAAACAAAGUGCAUCUGUAUAAGUGUGACGCCAGGCGGGAGAGCUGCGGCCUGUGUCUGAAAGCGGACCCCCUGUUCGGCUGCGUGUGGUGCAAAGCGGAGAAGAGAUGCACGCUGAAGCAGCACUGUCCCCACCCGCAGAGCAUGUGGCUGGAGCACAACGGCAUCAACAGCAAGUGCACACACCCCAGGAUCACCAAGAUCACCCCCCUGCGAGGGCCGCGGGAAGGAGGCACGCUGGUGACGAUCCGGGGGGAGAACCUGGGCCUGGAGUUCCACGAGAUUCAGGGCAACGUGAAGGUGGCGGAGGUGGAGUGUACGCCCGUCCCUGAGGGAUACAUCCCCGCAGAACAGAUCGUGUGUGAGAUGGGUAAAGCGGAGAAGAGCCAGUACGCUGGAAACGUCCAAGUGUGUGUAGGAGAAUGUCAGCCCGAGUUCAUGGCCAAGACAUCAAAGUACUACUACUUUGUGGUACCCAAAUUGAUGUACCUGAAGCCCAGCCGGGGACCCGUGUCUGGGGGCACCAUCGUCAACAUCACGGGCAGCAAUCUGGACGCCGGAAGCAACGUGUCCAUCAUAUUCAAGGACCAGAAGUGUACCUAUCACAGGAGAGGAGGUCAGUGGAUCACGUGCCGUUCUCACGCAUCCACGCAAGGCUACGGCAACGUGACUGUGUCUGUGUUCGUGGACAAAGCCCACAUCCAGAAGGACCUCAGGUUUGAGUACGUGGAGGACCCCACUAUAACCAAGCUGGAACCAGAGUGGAGCAUUUUCAGUGGAAAUACACCGGUGACAGUGACGGGCACCAACCUGGACAUCAUCCAGAACCCUCAAAUCAGAGCCAAGUACAACAACCAGGAGACGACCAACACUUGCCAGGUGUUGAGUGCCACCACCAUGCUGUGCCAGGCCCCAGCGCUGCCAGGCAGCUUGAACAGGGAGGAGGUGGUGGAGAAACCAGAUGAGUUUGGCUUCAUCCUGGACAACGUGCAGGCUGUGCUGGCCCUCAAGAACAUCAACUUCCUCUACUACCCAAACCCAGUGUUCGAGCCGCUCAGUGCGUCUGGGGUUCAGGAGCUCAAGCCUGGAUCUCCCAUCAUUCUGAAGGGCAGGAACUUCCUCCCCCCGACCCCUGGUGGCAACGGCAAGCUGAACUACACAGUUCUGAUCGGAGAAAAGCCCUGCACCUUAACCGUAUCUGACACCCAGCUGCUGUGCGAAUCGCCCACUCUAACUGGCCGCCACAAGGUCCUGGCGCGCGUGGGUGGGAUCGAGUUUUCUCCAGGUGUGGUCCACAUCACCUCCGACAGUCCACUCAGCAGCACGGCCAUCAUCAGCAUCGCCGGUGCCGGAGGCCUCCUCAUCCUCUUCAUCGUCAUCGUCCUCAUCGCCUACAAACGCAAGUCCCGCGAGAGUGACCUGACCCUCAAACGCCUGCAGAUGCAGAUGGACAACCUGGAGUCCAGAGUGGCGUUGGAAUGUAAAGAAGCCUUUGCGGAGCUACAGACUGAUAUUAAUGAGCUGACCAGUGACCUGGAUGGAGCCGGCAUCCCUUUCCUGGACUACAGAACCUAUACGAUGCGUGUGCUUUUUCCUGGAAUUGAGGAGCACCCGGUGCUCAGAGACCUGGAGGUGCCAGGCUACAGGCAGGAGCAGGUGGAGAAGGGUCUGAAGCUCUUCGGCCAGCUGAUCAACAACAAGGUGUUCCUGCUGUCCUUUAUCCGCACGCUGGAGUCUCAGAGAGGUUUCUCCAUGAGGGACCGCGGAAACGUGGCCUCUCUCAUCAUGACCGUGCUGCAGAGCAAGCUGGAGUACGCCACUGACGUGCUCAAACACCUGCUGUCCGACCUCAUAGACAAGAACCUGGAGAGCAAGAACCACCCAAAACUGCUGCUCAGGAGGACGGAGUCGGUGGCGGAGAAAAUGCUGACGAACUGGUUCACGUUUCUUCUCUACAAGUUCCUAAAGGAAUGUGCCGGAGAGCCUCUGUUCUCCCUCUUCUGUGCCAUCAAGCAGCAGAUGGAGAAAGGCCCCAUCGACUCCAUCACAGGAGAAGCACGCUAUUCUCUCAGCGAGGACAAGCUCAUCAGACAGCAGAUCGACUACAAGACGCUGGUGGUGAACUGCAUUCACCCAGACAAUGAGAAGAGUCCAGAGAUUCAGGUGAAGGUGCUGAACUGUGACACCAUCAGUCAAGUGAAGGAAAAGAUCUUAGAUGCCAUCUACAAGAACGUUCCUUACUCCCACCGCCAGAAAGCCUCUGAUAUGGACCUGGAGUGGCGCCAGGGCAGAGGGGUCCGGAUCAUUCUGCAGGACGAGGACAUGACCACAAAGAUCGAGAGUGACUGGAAGAGGCUCAACAUGCUGUCCCAUUACCAGGUGCCUGAUAAUGCUGUGGUGGCUCUUGUACCAAAGCAGGUCACUGCCUACAACUCGGUCAACAACUCCACUGUCUCCAGGGCGUCCGCUAGCAAAUAUGAAAAUAUGAUCAAAUACACGGGCAGCCCGGACAGCCUUCGCUCUCGCACGCCCAUGAUCACGCCCGACCUGGAGAGCGGGGUCAAGGUGUGGCACUUGGUGAAGAACCACGAGCACGGAGACCAGAAAGAGGGUGACCGCGGGAGUAAGAUGGUCUCCGAGAUCUACCUGACCAGACUGCUAGCCACCAAGGGCACGCUGCAGAAGUUUGUAGACGACCUGUUUGAGACCAUCUUCAGCACAGCGCACAGAGGAAGUGCCCUCCCCCUCGCCAUCAAGUACAUGUUUGAUUUCCUGGACGAGCAGGCCGACAAGCACGGCAUCCACGACCCACACGUCCGACACACGUGGAAGAGCAACUGCCUACCUCUGAGGUUUUGGGUGAACGUGAUUAAGAACCCCCAGUUCGUGUUCGACAUCCAUAAGAGCAGCAUCACGGACGCGUGUUUGUCCGUGGUGGCGCAGACCUUCAUGGACUCCUGCUCUACGUCUGAGCACCGCCUGGGCAAGGACUCGCCCUCCAACAAGCUGCUGUAUGCCAAGGACAUCCCCAGCUACAAGAGCUGGGUGGAGAGAUACUACUCCGACAUCAGUAAGAUGCCUGCCAUCAGCGACCAGGAUAUGAACGCUUACCUGGCCGAGCAGUCCCGUAUGCACAUGAACGAGUUCAACACCAUGAGCUCCCUCAGCGAGAUCUACUCCUACGUGGGAAAAUAUGCAGAGGAGAUUGUGUGCGCGCUGGAGCAGGAUGACGCUGCCAGGAAACAGAGACUGGCCUUGAAGCUGGAACAGGUGGUCGCCUUCAUGAGCCUGGAGAGCUGAGGACCACGUCUCCCAGAGCGCACUGGGAGAUCCGUCAGAAACCGAGCCGUGCCUGAGCGAAUACCUGUCCAUCUAUCUCAUCUCUUCUGUUUUCGCAGCCCACUUCCUUUUAUCUUCCCGAGAAAAAAAACAAAACA